CUUGUUGUUCUUUCUUUCUCUGGUAGCAGGUUUACAUUGUUUGACAUUUUAGAAUAGAGUUAAUUAACGCUCAACAAAAAAUAGAGUUAUUAUCCUCUAUUCACCAAAUUUGGAGCAGUUGGCUCAUUGCUUUCUCUUCAUAAAUACUUUUAAUCAUCUCAUCUCUUCAUUGAUAUGAUAUUAUAGUCUUGUUGUUUGUUUAAUUGUCUCAUGAAAAGUUCAAAUCUUUGUUUUGAAAACUCUCAAAGUGUUAAUCUUUUGUAGCUGUUUCCAUUUUUUGAAGCAGAAUAACAGAGAGAUUACAUGUUGUGUGUGUUUAGAAGGAAGCUUGGUUGCCUUUUUUCAAGACUUAGAUGGGUUAUCAAGAAACGGGUGAGGGCUAGAGUUAUAGUCAGGAGGUUCAGGAAAGCAAGGUGGAGAGCUCGAAGAAAAGAGAGUCCGGAAUCUGAAGUUUCUUCUAUCCAUCUGAGCUCAAACUCUGGAAGACAUAUUCGGGUUGCAACGUUUAACGUGGCUAUGUUCUCACUUGCGCCUGUUGUGCAAACCAUGGAGGAAACAGCUUUUCUUGGUCAUCUAGAUAGCAGCAACAUCACAUGCCCUUCUCCAAAAGGGAUUCUGAAGCAGUCUCCAUUACAUUCUUCUGCAGUCAGGAAACCAAAGGUUUGCAUUAAUCUCCCAGACAAUGAGAUUUCCUUAGCACAGAGCUACAGCUUUCUGAGUAUGGUAGAGAAUGAUAACGACGGGAAGGAAAACAGAGGAAGUCUCUCGAUGAGAUCUCCCGUGUGUCUUCCCUCUUGUUGGUGGGACCAAGAAAGCUUUAACGGAUACAGCAGCAGAAGAAGCAUAGCUGAAUUGUUAAGAGAGUUGGAUGCAGACAUCUUGGCUUUACAAGACGUGAAAGCAGAGGAAGAGACACUUAUGAAACCAUUAUCAGAUUUGGCUUCCGCCUUAGGUAUGAAAUACGUGUUUGCAGAGAGCUGGGCGCCUGAGUAUGGAAACGCCAUACUAUCAAAAUGGCCCAUAAAGAAGUGGAGAGUUCAGAGAAUUGCUGAUGUAGAUGAUUUUAGGAAUGUGUUGAAGGUGACUGUAGAGAUCCCAUGGGCUGGAGAUGUAAAUGUGUAUUGUACUCAACUUGACCAUCUAGAUGAGAACUGGCGUAUGAAGCAGAUCGAUGCAAUUACUCGAGGAGACGAAUCUCCCCACAUCCUCCUUGGAGGCUUGAAUUCUCUUGAUGGCUCUGAUUAUUCCAUAGCAAGAUGGAACCACAUCGUAAAGUAUUACGAGGAUUCUGGAAAGCCGACGCCUAGAGUUGAAGUGAUGAGGUUUCUCAAGGGAAAAGGAUACUUGGAUUCAAAAGAAUUUGCAGGAGAAUGUGAGCCUGUAGUCAUUAUUGCCAAAGGACAAAAUGUACAAGGAACAUGCAAGUACGGGACACGGGUCGAUUACAUUCUGGCAUCUCCAGAGUCACCUUACGAAUUUGUUCCUGGCUCGUACUCAGUUGUUUCUUCCAAAGGUACUUCUGAUCAUCAUAUAGUCAAAGUCGAUUUAGUUAUAACCAAAGAGCGAUCUCGAGGUAACUUCAAACAUUCACGCAAGAAAGCAAAGCAGAAGAUCUUUCAGAUAAAAGCUAAUUUGAUGUCGAAAGAUACAUGGAAACUAGGAAAUCUGAUGUCUUCAUAAAGUUUGGACACUGAUUAAGAAACAACACUUGUGUAUAUGAUAACGUUUAUUCCCAUCAUAUUAAGAUGCAAUACAACAUUUAGUCUAC